GAUGCGUUGCGUGAUAGAAGCUGGAAUAAAACAAUUAACAAAAACAUGCUUAAAGCUUCUUCAUGAGCAUGUUUCAACAUUCGCGAAGACCCAUUACUCGUCCAAACCGUUGAAUUGGAUUCCCGAUUGGAUUCAUCUGACUAGGGCUAUAGCUAAAGAUGGCAAAGAAAAAUUUGAUGCUAUAGUUCUUUGUCCAAUCUGUGACCAAAAAUAUACUCCUCAAAUCAGAGUGAAAACCAACGGCACCCUAUACUUCGAAGUUGGCACGUUUCGCAUACAUUUAAUCGACGUGCACAAAAAUGCGUACCACCCAGUCAACGUAGCAUCUCCACCGGAUCAGAAUUCACCGAAACUGGUAGCAUCCCCACCGGAUCAGAAUUCACCGAAACUGAUGUGCUCGGUGCAAUUGCAGACUCUGAAUCUGAAAACGGCAAGAAGUGAGAAACUGCGAGGACUCAUUUCCGCAUGUAAUGAAUGUGAUUUAAAAUCUGGUGAGGAAAAUUCAUCGGCUGUGGACCUUGGAAAAGAGACACCUCCAGUCUUUUCAUCGAAUUCAAAUGAUCGAGUCAACGAGAUGUCUACUCAGGUACAAACCAUCGGAUCAGCAAACCCAACGUCUAUUGAAAGUGAAAUCGAGUUAAAUUCUGGAGAAAUGAAUGAUACAUUUGAAUCCGUUUCUGAUUACGUUUCGGACUCGGAAGAAGUGGCAACUCCAUUCGAUUCGUCGAAUUCAAAUGAACAAGCCAGGAAGGUAGAAAAACCCAUUUCCCCGUCUACUGGCCAAGAUUUCAAAUCUGGUGAGGGGAAUGCAUCGACUGUGAACUGGCUGGAAGAAGUGGAAACUCGAAUCGAUUCAUCGGAUCCAAACGAACAAGCCAAUAAGGAUUACUCUCCGGUAGAAAAACCCAUUUCCCUGUCUUCUUCUUCUUCUUCUUCUUCCCCCGUCUACUGGCCAAGAUUUCAAAUCUGGUGAGGGGAAUGCAUCGACUGUGAACUGGCUGGAAGAAGUGGAAACUCGAAUCGAUUUGUGGGAUUCAAAUGAACAAGCCAAUAAGGAUUACUCUCCGGGUGAGAUUUAAUUUCAGAUAUUUUCCCUCGGUAUUUAAGAUUACAGCGAAAUUUUCCAUUUUUCAUUUUCAAUAAAAAUACCCAUUUCCCCGUCUACUGGCCAUGAUUUCAAAUCUGGUGAGCGUAAUGCAUCGACUGUGAACUGGCUUGAAGAAGUGGAAACUCGAAUCAAUUUGUGGGAUUCAAAUGAACAGGCCAAUAAGGAUUACUCUCCGGUGAAAAAUGCUGAUCCGGCAAUCGAAUCGAAUCGAACUAGCCAUUCUACUGGUUUUACAAAAGAUAUGGAACUCGAUGUCGUUCCGGAUGUGGAAGUCGAGAAUCCUCAAAUCGAAUCGCCAUCAAACAUUGAUGCCAACGAGUAGUGCUUAACGCCAGCGAAAAAUAUUAAUCCGUUAAUCGGAUUGGAGUACGAGAACUUAACUGUCGCAUUUGAAGUAGAAUUGGAAAGUACCCCGAUGAAGUCUGGAUACGAAUCCUCAUCCAGUUCCACUUCGUCAUCCAACUCCGGUUCGUCGUGCAACUCCAGUUCCUCAUCUAACUCUAGUUCGUCGUCCAACUCCAGUUCGUCAUCCAACUCCAGCUCGUCAUCCAGCUCUUCAUCGAGUGAAUCAGAUAACGAGAAGUCAUCAGUUACUGGAAAGAGAACUCGAAGAACUCGGAAACAAUUGAGUUACAAACAAGCUUUGUUAUAUCUCCUUUUUUAUACAGCAAUGUAAUUACCGCA